AUGAGCAGUUUUAAUGAAAAUAAAGACUUGGGGCCGUCUGGAGAGCUUAAUGAUGUGGGCUGCCCUGAUGAACUGGAGUUUGAUGACCUUUUUAACUAUGAGCCACCUGACAGCAACUUUCACACUGGAGAUCAUUCAGAUGAAACCAAUCUACCCCCACACAAAGUCCUCACACACCCUUACCUUUUGGAGGAACCCUCUGCCUACUCUGAAACCAGUUCAGAAGCUCUGUCUGCCUAUGAGCUUCUGGAGCCUAAAAAUUACCUAGACUAUGCCAGGCCUGGUGCCCAAGCAGUGAGCCCCAGGAUCGAGAUAACACCAUCACGUGAGUACCACAGCCACGGGCACAACUCGCUCCUCGACCAGCUGGUGAAUGCCAGCACCAGGCCUACACUCACCGUGCCCGGCCUGGACUCUUCGGCCUACCGCGAGCCUUUGUGCCUCAGCCCAGCCAGCAGCAACUCCUCGGCCUCGUGUCAUUCCGAAUCCUAUUCGCCCUUCACUUCACCCUGUGUGUCUCCGGGCAACGGGCAGGUUGUGUCUGGAGAGCUGUGCCCUCGAUUCCAAAACAUCCACACGGGUUCGCCUCGUACCAGCCCGGGCACCUCACCUCUCACCAACCAGGCCGAGGAGAGCUGCUCGUCCCCGAGGCCCGGCUCCCGCUCCACGUCACCUCAGGGCAAGCGCACCUACGAGAUGUACAGGAAUCCAAAUCUGGUGGCCUCAGCUCGAUCGAGAAGUCCUUCGCCGAUCAGCGGGCAUAACGAGCGCCAAUCGAACAGCCAUUAUGUUUACAGCAUGCCAGAGGUUGCUAACGGGCUCGGCCAGCCAGCUUCAGUGCCCACGAAGAUAGUGAGAGCCAACCACCAAGCCUACACCAUGUACCCAGAUGGCCAUGCCGAGAACUACCUGGUGGAGCAAGACAUCAAGACCAAAACAGAGCCUUUCUAUGUUAUUCCGUCAAUCUGGUCCAAGCAGUUGGUGCCUGGAAUCUGCAGUAUCCCGGUGACCUCGCUGCCUCCUUUGGAGUGGCCACUGCCCAGCCGCACCGAUCAGUACAAGCUACAUAUUGAGGUGCAACCCAAACCACACCACAGGGCACACUAUGAGACCGAGGGCAGCCGCGGGGCUGUCAAAGCCCCCACUGGUGGACAUCCAGUGGUGCAGCUGCUUGGAUAUAGAGGCAAAGAGCCUCUGGGCUUGCAGAUCUUCAUUGGGACAGCAGACGAGCGGAUCCUAAAGCCCCAUGCCUUCUACCAGGUGCAUCGUAUUACAGGCAAAACUGUGACCACGACCAGCUAUGAGAAGAUUAUCAAUGGCACCAAGGUCUUGGAGAUUCCCCUAGAGCCCAAGAACAACAUGAAGGCAAUAAUUGACUGUGCUGGAAUUCUGAAGCUUAGGAACGCUGAUAUAGAGCUGAGGAAGGGCGAGACGGAUAUCGGACGGAAGAACACUCGCGUUCGGCUGGUUUACCGCAUCCACAUACCCCAGCCAGGGGGGCAAUAUGUGUCUCUCCAAGCAGCAUCUCAUCCUAUUGAGUGUUCACAAAGAUCAGCACAUGAGCUGCCUAUGGUGGAGAAGCAGGACAUGGACAGCUGUUCGGUGCUUGGAGGACAACAGAUGAUCCUGACCGGGCAGAAUUUCAGUGCUGACUCGAAAGUGAUUUUCACUGAGAAGACACAUGAUGGACAGCAAAUUUGGGAGUUGGAGGCGACAAUCGACAAGGAUAAAAGUCAAGCCAGCCUGCUGUUUAUUGAGGUGCCUCCUUAUCGGGAUCCAUCCAUUUGCCAUCCAGCUAAAGUGAACUUUUAUGUAAUCAAUGGGAAGCGGAAACGCAGUCAGCCUCAGCACUUCACGUAUACACCUCUUCCAGUCUCAUCCAUCAAAACAGAACCAGUGGAUGAAUAUGAGUCUAGACAGCUGGGCUAUCCAAUUUCCCAGACCAUGGGUGUGUCCCCUCACUCCUAUUAUCACCCUCGAUCCGUCCUCAACUCGGAUACUAACCUGCUCCCCAACAUGACAUCCUGUCCUCAGAAUCAUUCGGGAAUCUCCCCUUCAGAAGCCUGUUUCCAGCAGCACAUCGUCUAUUCCCGUGCUGAGAAGAACAUAGGGCCUAGCUUCUACAUCCAAACUGGAGUCAUGAUGCCAGAAGCCCAUCGUUCAGUCCUGGUCCAUACCGGUUCCCCAGCCAAAUCCUCUCACCUGAUUGGCCAGCAUCCUGUCAUUCAGUUCUCUCCCACCAACCACCACAUUUUACGAGGGGGAGAUUCCAUUCCUCCACCACCUCCGGAGAAUCAAAAUGUCUACUGUGACAGUUACAACCAGCCUGAGACUCAAGCAGCACCAGCUACACGUUCACCUGUUCCAUCGCAGGCCCCUGAAACCCAGAAUUACCCUACAGUCAUCCAGCAACAGCCCUACUCACAAAGGCUUCCCAAAGACAGAUCUCCUCCCAGCCAGGUCCAUCCACAAAGGUGUUCCUCCGCUGAAGAACAGAAAGCUUCUGUUCCUGGACGAGUCACCGUCAAGCAGGAGAACCUGGAUCAGGCCUACCUGGAUGAUGUGAACGAGAUCAUAAGGAAGGAUCUGACAGGACUUCCUGGACGAGCACAGACAUAAAGGAACGAUGCAGGAAAUGCGUGGGACUUGCACUAGUGCCUUCUUCUACAUGGAUCAUAUUACAUUUCCUACACAACACCAUCAAUCCCAUUUUCAUAUUUCAAAAUCAAAAUACUUUUCGACCUGAGAUUCAUCUGACGGCAACUAGAUAAUGCUUCACAGUCCGGGCAAACAAUUACCAUCUGAAGCAGCUGAUUAAAUAGCCUUGCAGUUCCAGAAUGCACCAGCUCGUAUGUCCUUGUGUUCGUGAGUUACGUUCUUAAGACCCUGUAAAACCGUUUAAGGUCGACUAAAAUGAAUUCAAUCCAUUUCCCUCUACUCUGAUUUCACGCUUCAUUGCAAUCCGGCUCACUUUGCUGAC